GCAUACCCCCAUUCCCCGAAGGCCGAGCUCAUCCAAUCCAGUCGCCUGAUUGCAUUGGGAUCCCAUGGCCAAGCUCGCCGUCCUCCUCCUCCUCCUCGCCGUGGCCGCGUCCGCCACAGUGCCGGCGCACGGCCGCGAUACCCCGACUGAGAUCAAGCUCAUCAAAGGCACGGACGCCUCCGGCGUGGGCGACGACAGCAUGGAGUGCGUGUACACGGUGUUCAUCCGGACGGGGUCGAUCUUGAAGGCCGGGACGGACGCGAACGUCACGCUGGAGCUGGCCGCCGCGGACGGCAACGGCGUGGGGAUCUCGAACCUGCCCGCCUGGGGCGGGCUCAUGGGGCAGGGCUACUCCUACUUCGAGCGCAGCAACCUGGACAUCUUCAGCGGCCGCGGGCCCUGCAUGGCGAAGGCGCCGUGCUGGAUGCGGCUGGCCACCGACGGCACCGGCGACCACCACGGGUGGUACUGCAACUACGUGGAAGUCACCACCACGGGCCCGCACAAGGGGUGCGGGCAGCAGCUGUUCACCGUCGAGCAGUGGCUCGCCACCGACGCCCCGCCCUUCAAGCUCGAGGCCGUUCGCGACUACUGCAGCGGCGACGCCAAGGGCGCCUCGGCGGCGUGACGUGGCCGGCGGCCGGUAGAGGAGAGCACAGCACACACGCCUGGACUGGACCUGCUGGGUGGCUUGGUUUGGUUGGUUGGUGACGAGUCGUAAUAAGUUGUGGGCGCAUGGGCGCCGCGCUCGUGAGUGGCGUGCGCCACGAUGCAUGCGUGUAUGGUGAUGAACUGAAUUGGAGCCGUGCAGCAAGUCGAAUAAUCGGGAGCCACCUCGCGUGAUGUGUAGUGGCUAGUUUUUGUACAUGGACGUGUUGGAUCUUGAUCCAUGUUUUGAUCUGAUCUUUGAGAAAUGGUAAUCCGCGUUAUCA